GACGUGGGACCGAUUUUCAAGCUCAAACCACGCCAAAACGCCUUAAAAUCUUAGUUUAAUAAACCAAAAUAUCCCCUGAACAACACGCACGGAAAACUAGCGACCGAAAUAAUGGUGGAAAACGUAAUAAACGACUGAAAAACAAUUAAUAACAACCUCACAAACUGUAAAACGUGACAUAAAACCUAUAAAAGAUCCGUCAAGUCAUCUACAAAACGUUCGCGAAAAUGGAAAAUUAGUAAAAAUCGAAGCAUUUAUCGUGAAAAUGUUCGCUAAUCUUGUGUUAAAUCGACGUGUGUAACAAUUUAGUGCAAGUGACAACAGAAUGACUGAUUUUCUACCACCCGGCUGAUGUUUAGAUUAUGUUAUUAAUUGUCGACAAAAUGUUUAUUUCAAAUAGUUUUAUUUUGAAAAGAAAUUGGCUGAAGUGGUGUUGGCGGAAGCGUUGGUACGAUUCGUAAAAAUAACAAAAUAAAUUGAUUAACAAAUAGAAUUUAGCAUAUUAGAAGGUUAUUCGUGUCAGGUUUAUUUUUGUAACCGUACAAAAUGAAUUCAUUCAACGCACCCACCACCCAAAUCAACGCUAUCGACAAAAUGACAACUGUAAAGUGCAAAUCUGUGGAUUUAGAAGGAUAUGUCAUUAUUGUUGUGCAGACCAAGGACAAUAAAAUUAAAUUAUACGGGUCACCUUCAGCGGGGAACUGGGAGAACUUGGAGCUGGCAGACGAGAUCAUGGACGUCAACGAGACGAGGCUGGAGGACAUGACCCGCACCGAGGUGCUUACCCACAUACAUGAGUGCAUAUCUUCUUGCGUCAUCAAACUGCGGGUGAAGAGACGGAGUGAGACCAAAUUAUUAUCGGACAUCGGCCACAACAUCAUCCAGGAUGCCUUCCUCAUCGCGGUGGAGGAGCAGGCCCGGCAGCGUCUGCAGCGACUGUCGGCGCUCAAGCGCAUCACGCCCGUCGACAUGUCCAAGCUGUCUGUAGAAUUAAACAAAAGGAAACGCACGCAGCCCGAGAACAAAGAGCUAAACGGGUACAUAGCAAACUCCACAGUCUAUGUCACAUCCAUAAACGAGAACGGAGCCAUAGAGAGCAAACCGACUAUCUCUUCGCCGAAAUCCCAACCGAAAUCACUACAGGCAAAACCAGCACCCCUCAUAGCCAAUGGUGUACAGGAAAAGGAAAUAAUAGAGAACAAAAUCGAACCGGAGAAACACGAGAAGGAUUUGAGUGAGAAAAGUGUUAAAGUGGUCGUUGAGAGUGAAGUGGAAAGUGAAGUGAGAAGUGAUAAAAGUGAAGUGUGCCUCAGCAACGGGCGGAUCGAGAAACUGUUGGGUGAACAGCCCGACCAUCGGAUCCGUGCUACGGCUGUCGUCGAGAACAACAAACUCGGACCUGGAGAGAAAGGGCCCCGGCGGCGCUCGGGCUCCAGCAUCGUGGUGAUCGGCGCUGAGGAGGAGAAGCGCGCGCCGGAUGACGAGCCCGACAUGCUCACCAUGCUGCCGCUGCCUUCCGACACCGGCCCCCACCGCGAGAUGCCGGUGGACGUCCCGGACAGUUUCAUCGCACGGAACAAGACGCCGCCGCGCUACCCGCCGCCCCGCCCGCCGCAGGUACGCCCCCGCACCAGGGACGAGGAGCCCCUGCUCUCCUCCGGCGGCUCGGGGACCUCCUUCGGCAGCAAGCAGAGCACCGUCCUGCACAGCACCAUCGACAUCUCCGGGCCCAGCUCCGACGGCUCCGGCAGCUUCAAGAACAACAGCACCAUGGAACUCCUGUCGCUCCCCCAAAGCUCAGACGGUUCAGCGAGCUUCGGCAGCAAAAAGAGCAAAGCCUCCUCUGAAACAGCCAAAUGCGAUUUAAUUUCCGAAAGAUCGGAAUCGGUGACCUCAGUAGCAUCGAAUACAACGCACAAUCUAUCGGAUCAUAAGAUACAGUUGCUCAUUUCUAAUGGAGAAGAUUCUUUAUUAGACUGCAGGGAAGGCGUGACGUAUUCUGCGAGGACAGACUCCGUGUUGAUAAGAGAAGCGGUGUACGCUUCCUACAAAUUGCCGCCAGGGUUCGACACAACGCCUGUGCUGCUGGGACGGGAGGUCGCGGUGGAUGUGCCGGACAGCUUCGUCCAGAUAGUGAAAACUACCCCCAAAUACCCCGUUACCUUGGACAGAAAGAGCAUACCCAUGCAGCAGGUCAACGGCAGUGCACGGGGCGCCCCGGCCGUACCACCCCGUGAAGCCACCAGGGACGCCCCACCAAGACCCCCAGCACACGAGAUCGCCAGCAUCUCUAAGUACCAGGAACAACUCCGUCAACGCAAGGAAGCGGAGGAACGCAUCGCUGCCCAGAAUGAGUUCCUCAGGAACUCCCUCCGGAACUCCUCCAAGCUGCAAGUGCUGGCUAAUGAGCCUUCCAGCACCGCCUUCGUCAACGACGCUUACGAAGAGGACGUUAGCGAUGAAGCUUCUCAUCUCUACGCGCUUAUUGACUACCAGGAGGUGGUGGCGGCGCUGUCGCGCGUGCAGAAGGCGCUGGCGGCGGGCGGCGAGGGUGCGCUGGCGGCGCGCGUUGGCGGCGCGGCGGGCGCGCUGCUGUGUCCCGCGCUGCGCACCGCGCUCGCCACGCGCGCCGCCGUGCUCACCGCCAGCGCGCACCGCCGCCCCGGCCUAGCGCCGCCCGUCGCGCACCGCGCCACCGACCGGCUCAAGGAUUGCAUAGAUGUACUAGGGUCGCAUACGGCGGCAGGAGGUGAGACGUCGGCGCUGGCGGCGGAGCUGCUAUCAGUACUGGGCGGGCUGGAGCUGGAGAGCCUCAUCCAGGCGCACGACCAGGCGGCCGCGCUGCUCGACCCCGUCUGCUUCACGAGAGGGAAGAGAACUAAGACUGGCCUCAACAACUACAAAGACGACAAAUACCCGACACACUCGCCCGACGACCCGAGCGAAAAUAUUAAAAUUAUUAAAAUAGAAAAAACUAAUGAACCACUCGGUGCUACAGUAAGAAACGAAGGAGAAGCGGUCAUCAUCGGAAGGAUAGUCAGAGGCGGCGUGGCGGAGAAGUCAGGCCUUCUACACGAAGGCGACGAGCUUUUGGAGGUGAACGGCGUGAGCAUGCGCGGCAAGUCCGUGCACGAGGUGUGCCAGGUGCUGGGCGGGCUGGCGGGCACGCUCAGCGUGGUGCUGGCGCCGCGCGGCCGGCCCCGCGCGCCGCCCGCGCAUCGCGUGCUGCAUGUGCGCGCGCACUUCGACUACGACCCCGAGGACGACGUGUACAUACCGUGCCGGGAGCUCGGUAUUAGUUUCCAAAAAGGCGACGUGUUACACGUGAUCAGUCGAGAGGACCCCAACUGGUGGCAAGCCUUUCGGGAAGGAGAGGAGGACCAGACCCUCGCCGGGCUCAUACCCAGCCAGGCGUUCCAACAUCAGCGCGAGUCCAUGAAGCUGUCGCUAGCGGGCGAGGCGGGCGAGGGCGAGCGGCGCGCGCGCAAGGGCGCCACGCUGCUGUGCGCGGGCCGCGUGCGUCGCCGCAAGCCGCGCAAGCCCACCAGCGAGGCCGGCUACCCGAUAUAUGCGGCGUCUGCGCCUGACGAUUACGAGCAAGACGAGAUCCUGACAUACGAGGAGGUAGCGCUGUACUACCCGCGCGCGUCCAGCAAGCGGCCCAUCGUGCUCAUCGGCCCGCCCAACAUCGGGCGCCACGAGCUGCGCCAGCGCCUCAUGGAGGACAGCUCCCGGUUCGCCGCCGCCGUGCCUCACACGUCUCGAGCGAGGAAAGACCACGAAGCAGCCGGGCAAGACUACCACUUUAUAUCGCGCGCGCAAUUCGAAGCAGAUAUACUCAAUAGGAAAUUCGUCGAACAUGGAGAGUACGAGAAAGCUUAUUACGGCACUUCCCUGGAGGCGAUCCGCGAGGUGGUGAACUCGGGCAAGAUCUGCGUGCUGAACCUGCACCCGCAGUCGCUGAAGAUCCUGCGCGGCUCCGACCUCAAGCCCUACACCGUGUUCGUGGCGCCGCCCAGCCUCGAGAAGCUGCGCCAGAAGAAGAUCAGGAACGGGGAGGCUUUCAAGGAAGAAGAGCUGAAAGAGAUAAUAGCGACCGCGAGGGACAUGGAGCUGCGAUGGGGCCACUUGUUCGACAUGAUCAUCAUCAACAACGACACGCAGCGCGCCUACCACCAGCUGCUCAACGAGAUCAACAGCCUGGAGCGCGAGCCGCAGUGGGUGCCCGCGCACUGGCUCAAGCAGACCUAGCGGACACUCCCCACGGCUGCAUCCAUCGCAGCUCAGAGACUGAACCCCCUCCACGCUCGCCAACAAUACCUUCCAUGUAACGUGACAGAUUACAUUGAACCUGAUGUGAUACGUGACGCGAGUUGCUCGGUAACGUUCGCGCGUGUAAUGUUGCUAUUCGAAAUGUUCACGCAAAUGGUUUUACAUUUGCUGUUAUACUUUAUUGACGCUUGGAAUGUUGAAAGGGACUAUGGUUUCGUUGGUUUGAUACGGAAUUUUAAUGGGAGAACUCGUAGAGGCAGUGUUAAUGGUCGUCAUCGUGGCGCGGUAGAGGAAAAUAUAGAAUUUAGUGAUGUGUUCUCAAAUUUUAAUGGUGAUUAUCACGAGGCCGGUUGUAGACACACUUCUGUUGCAUGAUGUUUAGUUUUGUAGUUAGUCAGUGUUUCGAUGAGGAAGAUUAUAUGCAAGCUUGUUCACAGGACGCGCUAUGUGUUUGUUUCGUGACAAAGAAAAAUGAUGUUUUAUACAAAUAUAUAAUAGUACAAACAGAUCUUAUGAUUUAUUCUAAAAUAAAUAAAUUAAUCUUGGGGUUUUAAACCAUGAGCUUAUUUGUGUAAACCCAAAGUCAGUUUGGUUUAGUAAUUUAGCUAUCUUGGAAUUUAUUUUAAAAAAAAACUCUGUAAACAAAUAUAAUUUAUUAUAGUAUAUAAAAAAUCAGGCGCAGCAGUAAAUCGUGUAAGUAGAGCAGAGGAUGUGACGCGCUCCCUUGCACAUACAUGUCUGUAGUGAUGUACAACACUCAUUCAACAAUGAUAUCGACAAAUAAUAUUGAUAAAAAUUCCGUUGAACGUAGUCAAACAUUAUCUAAAACUGUGUCUUCUGCAAGAUUUUGUUCAGAAUAUAGUAAUUAAAACAUAUAAUAUAACUAAUUUAUUACUGUAGGGAAACGAAUAUAUAGUGCCUUUUGGAAACUUCUAUCACUGUAAUAAUCUUCCUCAUGGAAAUCUUAAAUCACUUGAGUAUUAUUAAACGAACACUCCCAUUAUGUGGUAAUAGAUGAAUUUUAAUAAAUUAUAAACUACAUUUUAUUAACUGAAUAUAUUUGUUAAUAUAUAAUUUUAACAAAUUACCUACUUCAAAAAUCAAUAUAUCCAUAGAUUUUGCUUAAUUUUAUCAAAAAGUUAUAUAAUUUUUUUUUAUCAAUUUCGAUAUGAAUCAUAUAAAUAAGCAAUUGAAAUCUCUUUUUAAUUAUUUUAAUAGUUUCACAAUAAAUGUAAUCACAGUUAAAUGAACGAAAUAUACUCAUGUACUUAACUUUUCAAGAAUAAUAAUUAUUCUUAAGGAAUUUUAUCAAAAUAUUAACUUAAAUAAUCUUAUACAAGUUAUUAAUUACGACAAAGUUUUAUAUUACUCAUUUCAUUAUUUUCAAUAUCGCAUUAUAAAAAUACAAUUUUAUAUUUAAACGUAUGCCGAAUGAAUUUUACAAUUGUUACAAAUUUUAUAUGUACAACUAAUUUUUUAAUAUGUCAAGCAUAUUUUAUUUAAUUAUGUAUUUAAACAAAUUGAAAUUAAUAUUAUGUAAUCUAUUUUUUACUUACAUAAAGACCACAUUAAAUUGUAAUUUAAUUUUGUUAGGAAAAAGCUGUGAAAACAAGACUCUUUACCUACUUCUUAAACAUAUAUUUUUUUUAUAAAAGUGUACUUAAUUAUUACAAUAUUAUUCAAAUAAUACUAUACUGUUACUAUAUAGCUAUAUCGGAUCAUAAGAAAACAAAUUACAGUCUAUAUUCACUACUAAUUUUUGUGACCUGACCAGGAAAAUAAAACACCUCGCCAUGUUGCGUAAAUAAAAUGAACUUAUUUCUUCUAAUAACACACUUAACACAGACUACUACAAAACACGCGUAGCUCUCUCACACCAGGUUUUUACAUUUCUGGUCAGGCUAUAAUAAAUAAUCCGGUCCUAUUUAUAUUUUACAUUAUUUAUUUAUUUGUUUAGAUACAUCACUACACUAACAAUAAAUUGAAUGGAAUUAUUUAUAAUACUACAACUAAUAAUUACUAAUAAGUACUUAAGGGAACUAUUUAAUAACUACGAAAGAAUAAAAACAAUAAAAUCUUCUUUAAUUGCCAAAACUUUUUACAGUAGUUAUAUAAAUAGGGAUUUUUCCAAAAAUUUCUCCAUUAGCUAGCAUUGUCGUGGGUUUCUUAAAAAGAGAUAGUCUAAGAGCUGGUGGCAAUAUCUGACGAUCUAAGUUCAAAAAUUGCCAAAGUUAUUAGAUCUGCUAUAGUUCUCGUUUUAGUUGAAACCUUAUAAGUUAUGCCAUUGGAAUUGCAAUGCGAUUUGCGGCAAAGUUUCAAGGAGUCAUAAAAAGUUGCACAUUAUAGCAAUUUUGAUAUAUUAUUAUUUACAUUAUUGCAAUUAAAAAUACGCACUACAAAUACCGAAAUUUAAAUUUACUAGGUAAGUUAUUAUUUAUAUAGCAAAACGCACGGUAAUACGCAUGACAGUUCACCAUGAUAUAAACACAAAAAUUACUUCAAAAAGUGCGCAGUUGCAUGCAACAAACCUACACAGUGUUAUUAAAAAUCAAGGUAAAAGAAAUAUUCUUUAAUUUUUUAUCUACGAGUAUGGUUCUUUUAUUUUAAAACGUCAUCAUACCUCCUAAAAAUGCCGCCAGCUCUUCGACUAAAUCUACGGUAGGUAUUCUAAUUGAUAAUAAAAGAAACAAAAUAUUCUAAAACCAGCUGUAAUAGUAAGUAGAAGCAAUAUUUAAUGUCCAAAAUAAGUACGGGUGACCAUAAAUUAAAUACAACAUAUCUAAAGUCCUGUGUACAGCCAUUUCAAUAGGCCACUUUUAAGAGUUCCGUGGACGUUUUUGCGAAAUAUUAGGUUUCAAAGCGCUAUUGUUGUCCCUUCGAUUUUUUUUGCUAUUCCCAAACACUUUACGUUAAGUAAGUGUGUAGUUAAUAAUACGUGGAAGGUAUUAAUUUAUCAAUUUUAAUCAUUUAUGUAAUUAAGGUUUUCAAUGAACAGACACUUUCUACCUUACUUUUUAAGUAUGAAAAACAUUAUAAACGUCAGAAAGACACCACAUAGUAGUCUAUUGAAAUGGAUUUUUACGAUAAUUUAUAAAAUAUUCCUAUUAAAAACGAAAGUUUUUCCUUACGAAAAUUGAAACUCUCCUUUUUGUCAAAUUUACCAUUUUUAAUGUAUCUACCUUUAGAUCAAUAGCGACUUUUAUAUACGAACAUUUAAAAUUACCGCUUUCGACAGAGAAAACACUGAUUAACACCAUUAGAAUGUCUUUUUUGUAACUUGGCAAAGCUUAACACGUAUGAAAAAACAGGACAUGGAUAUAUCCCUUCGCUAUGCGCGAUGCCUUAUUCCAGUCACAUACAAUCAAAUAUACCGGUAAGUCUGUAGCGCGCUUAAGGAUAUGGGCAGUAAAAAAUAUCGAUAUAUGGUUUCGAUAAUUAUUUCACUGCUCACAACCCUAAGAAUAAACCUGCAGAAUAAACGUACGGUGUACUGUGUAUAGCUGGCCUUACUAUUUGGUUUACUAAUCGUAAGACGCGCUCCACAUUCACAGCACAUCGUUCUCCGAUCUGUAUCGGACGUCGGUAUUCUGCCCUCUUCAAAUGGUGAAUUCACGUCGUCAACGCUGUGAGUGUUGAGCGCGUCUAACGAAUACGAUCCUUCUGCUAUUGACUGGUGUACAUAAAUUUUGAUCAUCGAUAUUAAGAUAUAGCACACAUAAGUACAACACUUACUGUAUACCUCGUUUUCGUUAGGAUCAGUAUUCGGAGGUACCUCCCGAAAUAAAAAAAAUUUAAAGUGUGCAAUCUACGGGUACGUCUACAAAACAAUACUGUCAAUAAUUGUUUUCACAGUUACAAAUAUAAACUGCCAGUAGUGACAAUGAAAGAUUCUAAUAAGUAUGAAUAUUUUUAUAACACAAGUCAUUUUAUAUGUAUAGAGAGAUACUUAUAACAAGGAUGAUUGAAACGACUUAUGGUUAGGGUUUAAUAUUAUAUAUAGAUAGUAUUUUAUUGGUGUUCGGAGUUUUUGAAAUAACUCAUGUUGAAGCCUUUUACAUUUUUAAUGUGGGACUGCGUAAUUUUCCCCAAAAGUGUUGCCAAGUUAUAAUGAGUAGACAACUUAGACUGCAAAUGGUUGAACCAAUUAAUUCCAAAUGGACUUUUAAAAGUUAGCAUCAAGCAUGCAUUUAAAACUUAGUCUCUUUACAUUUACCUUGUAUGUAAGUAGAUAGAGUUGUGCAUUCCAAAUGUUUAGUGCCAAAUAAAAUGAAAUUACCACACGAAUACAAUGUGGUACACUCACGUUAUUCAUUUUUAAUAAUCACAAUUUUUAAAUUUUAAUAUUAUAAUUAAUUAAUAUUUUAUAUUGUGUACUUUGUAAUCCUAUGUUAAAUUUCUUAAAUGGUGUGCUGAUUUUGAGGUGUCGUGUUGUAAAAGUUUUUUGAAUAUUGAUCAAAAAAUAAAUAUUUUGUAUUGUGUAAGUUGUUUGAGUACCUAUUAUUGUAUGUUAUGUAAUCUGUGGAGGUGCUAAAAUGUGUGAACUGGUUUUGUUGUGUGAGACUGUUAUGUUUAUUUGUGGCCUGUUAUCUCAAAUAAAAUUAAAAACGCGAUAAUUUUGUAUGAGAUUAUAGAUCAUUACCGAUUUUCAACUGUUCAGUCUGCUCCUCUGUCAUUCUAGAUGUUUUUAAUGUAGACGGAAAAUACUUGAAACUCGUAGUAUUGCAAUGUACGAUGUUCAAGUAUUUUUAUUGUCAAAUUUAGUUUUAAAUGUGGAAUUGUUCAAACUUCACAGUAUUGAUAUUAUUAUUAUAUAAUAUAAUUUAUACAUAAUCCUGUAAAUAAAAUAUAUUGACAACUGAAUGAUAAAAUAUUAUAAAUACCAUGUUAAUAGUGAACAAUUUAAUGUAAAUAAUAGAGUACCUAUUAAAUUUAAUAUCAGAUACAAA